UCCUUUUCUGUAUCGUAUGCUUGCUAACAAAACAUAGUUGGUUAUUUGGUCGGAACCAGGAACAGAAAUGGACCUAACAACACAAAAUCAUCGAAUCCCUUUAAAUGAUGGAAACAGCAUUCCGAUCAUUGGGCUGGGAACAUACUCUACACCCAGAAUAACUGCCAAAGAUGCGUGUUAUGAUGCGAUAAAAAUAGCGAUUGAUGUUGGAUACCGACACAUCGAUGGAGCCUUGGUUUACGGUAACGAAGAUGAAAUCGGAAGGGCCAUUCAGGAAAAGAUCGCUGAUGGUACCGUGACACGAGAGGACCUCUAUUACUGUGGCAAGCUGUGGAACACCUUUCACCCACCGGAACUGGUACAACCCAGCCUGGAGAAAUCCCUCAAAUUGUUAAAGUUUGAUUACAUCGACCUGUACAUCAUUGAGCUUCCUCUGGCCUUUAAGCCGGGAGAUGUGUUUUAUCCCCGUGAUGAAAGUGGGAAGCAUUUGUACCAUCCAACUGAUCUGUGUGCUACCUGGGAGGCCCUGGAAGCACUGAAAGAUGCUGGUUUGGUCAAAUCAAUUGGGGUGUCCAAUUUUAAUCGCAGGCAGUUGGAGCUGAUCCUGAACAAACCCGGUCUGAAGUACAAGCCAGCAGUAAACCAGAUCGAAUGUCACCCAUAUUUUACCCAGCCCAAGUUCAAGGAGUUUUGUGACUCCCAUGGCAUUGUCAUCGUGGGCUACAGCCCUCUAGGAACCUGUCGGGAUUCACUCUGGGUGAACAUUAAGAUUCCCUCUCUGCUGGAUGAUCCUGUGUUAAACUCUGUGGCAGCAAAAUACAAGAAAACCAGCGCCCAAGUAGCCCUGCGUUUCCAGCUUCAGCGAAACAUUGUCAUCAUUCCAAAAAGUUUUAACCCAGAGCGUAUCAAACAAAACUUUGAGAUUUUUGACUUUUCUUUGACAAGUGAAGAAAUGAAAAUGAUUAGUGCUCUCAACAGGAAUGAACGAUAUGUGGAACUUUUGAUGUGGAAGGAUCACCCAGAAUACCCAUUCAACGAUGAAUACUGAGCUCCAAAGUUUGUUGUCAGAGGUGGCUAGGAGCAAGAGUAGGAGAAACGCCAGAUUCCUGGAUGAAAAGAGAUAAAACCAAAUUGGAGCCAAAGUUCAAAACAAAGUAAAAGCCAAAGUACAACAGAGAAAAGUAGUUGAAAAUAAAAACAAGCCUGAAUGAA